AUGCUAUCGGCAGUCAUCCUUGCCGUUGUGUUCCUGUGCGUAGUUGCAGAGGAGGAGCCCCUGCAGGAGUCUGAGAGUGCGCCCUACUCCUACUACCCUGCGCCCCUGCAUCAUCACGCUGCCAGUAGUCAUGGCAGUUCUGCUCAAGGCCAUGAAAGCCAUGGGCAUGGCCACCACGCUGAUCAUGCCCUUGAAGACAAGGCUGGAUAUGGAAAGCAUGGAUCUCACCUGAGUACCUCUUACGGAGAUCGUGGGGCACAUGGGGCUCACGGAGGGCACACUGAUCACUACUCUAAGCAUGGUGGUUACGUAAAAAACAGCGGCCAUGGAUACGAGAAGGCCUAUUCAUACGACAAGCAAGUGCAUCUCCAUGACGUCAAUGCCCAUAAAGCUGCUCAUCACGAUAGCCACGCUCAUCAUGAUAAUCACGCCCACAAGGAUGCAGGCCAUUACGACCAACACGGACACAAAGUCUACGGAUCACAUAACAAACACGGUGGCUACGACUACGGAAACUCCGGUCACCACAAGUCUGAUUAUGGUCAUCAUGCUGCUGACCAUCAUGCUAGUUUGCCCAAACCCAUCUAUGGUGCUGGCCACUACGGAGCAGGUCACUACGGCAGCAGCUAUUUGCCAAAGAUUCCCGCAUACUCCGCCCCAAAACACGUCAUCCAGCCUGUGUAUCAUACACCAAAAGUUCCCUUAGUGCCAGUGUACCAGCCAAAAGUUGCCAUUCCAAUCUACGGGCAAAAGCCAGCAGUGCCCGGAUAUUAUUCCUACCACCAUUGAGACUGAAAGGCCAUAUGAAUCUGGAAAAUGAGAGUUUGGACGACCGUAUCCUUCAAGUACAAGUACCUUUUCUGUCCAACCUGUUGGAUAAUGGAAUGAAUCCAGGGUGUCUAAACGGGCGAGGGUCGACCAAAUGAGGGAGCGGGGAUGGCUACGUACCAAAAGGGAAA